CACACACGGAAGCAGCGGACAUCAAGCGACUUCCUGCUUGCAGUUGACUGCGAAAAGGCCGGAAAUUAAGCUUGAACGUCAACGCUCCUUGAUUCAGUUCGUCGUCCCCCUUUAUUUCCCCUUCCACUACCGAAAUGUCGAAGAACGUGAUGUCCGCCCGCUUCAGGCGAGUGGACGUGGAUGAAUACGACGAGAACAAAUUUGUGGACGAGGAGGACGGAGGGGAGAACCAGCUGGGUCCCGACGAGGCUGAGGUGGACUCCCUCAUCAGACAAGGAGACAACAUGGCAGCUCUGCACGCCGUCCUUAAGAACCCACCAAUAAACACCAAGAACCAGAACGUCAAGGACCGCGCGGAGAGCUUGGUGCUCAAAGUCCUCAGCGCCUUUAAGAGUAGCGACAUCGAGAAAGGCGUUCAGUCUCUGGACAAGAACGGCGUGGACCUGCUCAUGAAAUACAUCUACAAAGGCUUUGAGAGGCCAUCGGAAAACAGCAGCGCUGUCCUCCUGCAGUGGCAUGAAAAGGCGCUGGCCGCUGGAGGAGCGGGCUGUAUCGUGCGGGUGCUGACAGCCAGGAAGACCGUUUAAAUCUGGAGCACGUUAACACACACAAACACAAUGUAACAGAUGGCGUAUGGACUACCAGAAAAAUCAGAUGAGUCAAGCCGGCGGGAUUGUGUCAGAUCAAUUUGCUAAUCUUAUCUGGUUCACAUUAAGUUCUCAAAUCAUUUGGCACAUUUAUCCAUCCUUAUGCUUAAAAUCAUGUUGGUCACGAAGUGCGUCCUCAUCCCAGCUGUUUCGGCUUCCAGCAGCUCUUCAACUAGGACUAAUGACCUUAAAGAGUAGUUAUUCUUUUUUAUUUUUAAACGGGAACCUUUAUUGCGUUUAACCACCUCAUGACCAAAUCCCAAUUUAAUUUCCAUGUUUGAAGUGAUUUUGAGCUAAGUCAGCAUUCUUGCUUUAAUAAGAGAGACAAAUAAUGGACAAUAGAUAUUUGGUUUGUGUCUUUAUACACAGAAACUAAUUGUCAAUCUAAAAAUACAAUUCGGGCAGUGACUCAAGGAUUUCCGUACCUGUCUUUUGUAUAUUUUGUGCUCUGUAGCUAAGUACAAAUAUAAUGCGCAUUGAUUUGUCAUUGACAUCAUGAUCCCAAACAUUUUCUAUAACCAGGGGAAACCUGUUAAGGUUUUGUCUGCCUUACGAGGUAGCUCAUCCGUUGCCAAAUGAAACAAUUAGUUUAUGUAUGUCAUCUUAGAUGACUUAGAUGUCCUUGUGUUGUGGUAAACAAAACGACUUCAACGAAAAAGAUUACUAUGUAAGAGCAGCAACCCUUUUUAUAAACAAUACUGUAACUCAUUCCCAGUUCCCAGUUUUUGAUUUCCCUGCUUAUUUCGAAUCACUAAUGUGUGAAGUUUCCUUAUCGUUCCACCAAAGCUUCACGACAGUUGACAUUAUUUUCAUUCUUGGAAAUGGAAUCAUAAUGGUUCGAGUUUGUCAUCGGUGGUUUUGCAUUCCAACACGCUAGAUGUAUUUUCUAAUGCAGUAUAGGCCGUUUCGACAUGAUCAGAAGAACUUGUGCGAUUGUCUUCUGCGUCAUGUAUUUCUUGGCGACGGCAAGGAGUCAAGGAAACAAACCAAACUGAUGUACAAAAAAACUGCCUUACGAAAUAUUCCUUUUUUAUGUUUGUGCUUUUUUUGACAAAAAAAAAAUAAAAAUAGUGUGAAUGCUGGUUGAAA